UUUAUAAAUCUUAGCUAAAGUCAGUAGGUUCCUAAGAGGCAUCUCUGCAGCUCCCUUCCCACCUGUUUCAGCUUCAUGUCUCUAAAGGCAGUCUAUCUGAGAUUCUGAUACAUAAACUGAAAUAAAAACAAAAAAAAAAAAGAAUCAUCAUUUUGUCUAGCUCAACUAAUUUUUCAGAGUUGUAGAUCUCCUUGGAAAUGGCUGGACCUACUCACCAAAAAAAACCAACCAAGGAAACUUACCAAAACCAAAAGAAGCGGCCUCAGAAGAAUGACAAACCACCCUCUUGGGCAGUUGUCAAAGGCCUUUUCUUUGGUAAACAUCUCCAACCACAACAAAAGCAACAGCAACAGCAACGACAGCAACAACAUCAGCAGCAACAAAAUCAAGAGCAACAGAAACAACAGAAGCAGCAGGAGAAGAAGAAGCAAAAGCAACAACAACCGGCGCAAGUGAUGGAAGAAACAGGCAAGAAAUGCAAGAAAAUGAGGUGUUCAGGUUCAUUAUGUAGCAACACAAAGGUCAUGCACAGGCCUGAAACAGCUUCCCCUGAAGUCCACAAGAAAAGGGCAUCGCUUGGUUCAUCAAGUAACAAUGAUGCUUCCAGCAGAUCCAUGAAAGCUCCUCUGCAUGAGCUCAAUGGAGUUGUUUCUUCUACUAAUUCUUCACUUUCUGUAUCUUCAGCAUCAGCCUCUUCCGUUGGUGGGUCUUUUAGAGGAAUGCCAUUUAGGAGAUUCUCUGGCUGUUACGAGUGCCGAAUGGUUGUUGAUCCUGUUCUAGGAAUAGCCAGAGAUCCUUCCUUGAGGGGUAGCAUCUGUUCCUGUCCUGAAUGCGGUGAGAUCUUCAUGAAAGCUGAAGAUUUGGAGCUUCAUCAAGCUGUUAGGCAUGCAGUAUCUGAACUGGGUCCUGAGGACACGAGCAAGAACAUAGUAGAAAUCAUAUUCCAGUCAAGCUGGUUAAAGAAACAAACACCCAUCUGCCAAAUCGAUCGCAUCCUUAAAGUCCACAACACCCCCAAAACCAUCUCUAAAUUCGAAGAAUACCGUGAUUCCAUCAAAUCCAAAGCAACCAAGCUACCCAAGAAGCACCCACGUUGCAUUGCAGACGGCAAUGAGCUCCUCAGGUUUCACUGCACCACUUUUGCAUGUUCACUUGGCCUCAAAGGGUCCUCCAACUUGUGCAACUCAAUCCCAAACUGCAAUGUAUGUAGCAUUAUAAAAAAUGGUUUCAAGGUGGCUCAAGAACUCACUGGAGGUUCUAAUGGAAAAGGAAUCCUGACAACAGCAACCAGUGGCAAAGCUCAUGACAAGGCGGCUGGAGUAGAAGAAGGGAAUGACAAGAGGGCAAUGCUUGUUUGCAGGGUGAUUGCUGGGAGAGUGAAGAAGAGCAUGGAGGGUGGCAUGGAGGAUUACGACUCAGUGGCUGGUGCUGCUGGGGUCUACUCCAAUUUGGAUGAGUUGUAUGUGUUUAAUCCUAAGGCUAUCUUGCCUUGUUUUGUUGUUAUCUAUAGAGGAUUUUAGUGGGGUUUGAACUAUAAACUUUCGGAUGGAAGGGAAGAUUUUUCUUGUUUCGAAUAAUCAAUUUGUGUAGCAAAAUUAAAUCGUUGAUUUGCUUACUAAAUAAUUAUUACUAACAUGUUGAGAUUUUUUGGGGCGAAUGGUUUUGAUCCACGUGAGGGAGGAGAUUGCAGUCAUCGAUUGGAGGGCGUUGUGGGUC